CGUGAUGCGAUGACGUCAGCACGCAGGGUCUGACGGGACGGGUCCGGUGUUGCUGUCGUCGCAGUGGAGGAAGGAGUAGGUCGGGUCACACAAGUGAGGGCGGCUCGGCAGUGCGGACACACCGGGGGGAGAUGUCGGUGUUUGGGAAGCUGUUCGGCACCGGGGGUAAGGGCUCCAAAGGCCCGAGCCCCCAAGAGGCCAUCCAGAAGCUGCGGGACACCGAGGAGAUGCUCACCAAGAAACAAGAGUUCCUGGAGAAGAAGAUCGAGCAGGAGCUCACCGCCGCCAGGAAACACGGCACCAAGAACAAGAGAGUUGCUCUCCUGGCACUGAAACGGAAGAAGCGGUACGAGAAACAAUUGGCACAGAUUGACGGAACGCUGUCUACGAUCGAAUUCCAGAGGGAAGCCUUAGAAAAUGCCAACACAAACACCGAAGUCCUCAAGAACAUGGGCUUUGCAGCUAAAGCUAUGAAGGCCGCUCACGAUAACAUGGAUAUUGAUAAGGUUGACGAACUAAUGCAGGACAUCGCUGACCAGCAUGAGGUGGCACAUGAAAUCUCAGAUGCCAUUUCCAAACCCAUUGGUUUUGGAGAGGAGUUUGAUGAGGAUGAACUCUUGGCAGAAUUGGAAGAACUAGAACAGGAAGAACUAGAUAAGAAUCUUUUGGAGGUUCAUGGUCCAGAAACUGUGCCGCUCCCAAAUGUGCCUGCAGCUUCUUUGCCUGCAAAGCCAGCCAAGAAGAAGCAAGAGGAGGAUGAUGAUGACAUGCGAGAACUGGAGAAUUGGGCUGCUGUGUAGAUGUCACAUGUGCAUAGAGACUAAACACCUGUCUGCGUUGGGUGUACACAUACCUGGGAAGAAAGGGGGAGGGGAUACAGAAAAGGACGCCAUGUCUCUUUCUCUCCCCCUUUCUCUUUCUAACGCCUAAAGCCUGGAAUGCGCAUUCGGAUAAACAAACUGAACACAGCCGGUGCUUAGGUUCAGCCUGAUUAUGAAAUAACUACGGUAGUUUUCUUUUCAGUACAAUAUCAGAUCUGUAAAGCCCCCGCAUCUGGCUAAUCAACGUCAGACUGCCCAUCAUUAAGGACUCCUGGAUCACGGCGUCUUAUAGCUGCCUUGGCCUCAAAUGCCUGCGCUCUCUAUAAAUAUCGGACUCCAUUCUUUCCCUGCAUUGGUACACGUUCGUUCUCCUGUCAAACAGAUGCCUUCUAUCUCUGUAAUAUGCCAGCUUUUCAGUACAGUGUAGCCAUCUAUUAUGUGAGGAUCCCACAAAUGUCACCUAUAUUGGUCUGUCAGUCCUGAACUGCUCCCCCUAGUGGCACAGCUAGCUCGGUUCUCAGAGUGCCGUUAAAUGAUGGCACUCUUUAUUGUUACUCUGCUGUAUCCAAACUAUAGAAUGCAACAAUUCAUCUGAACUGCAGUGAUAUCCGUGUAUAAUAUGUAGUCAGUAUGUCAUGUGGCUAUAUUUAUACAGAUUCUGAAAUAUACAUACAGAUCUUACAUGUAACAUCUUGUGUGCUCACCUAUGUAUUCCUCUAUCAGUAUAUAAAAUCUAGAUGUACAUAUUCCAGUUGGAGCGAGUAUUAUAUGGCACAGGCCUAUACGUGAGUUAUUUCCUCACAGGCUACACAGGAAGACAAAUCCAACAGCUGUAUUAGCCACCGAGUCCAUCAAGUGUCUAUGGCAGCCAAUAAGGUUCUUCUGUCCGUUUCUCACCUGCACUAUUCAAAUGGCAUUGGAAUCUGAUUGGUUGUUCCAUUUACUGUUUGCGCCGCAUAUUUAUUUUUUGCAGCAGCCUCUGUGUUCUUUAUCAUUUACUUCUGUGAAUAAGCUAGCUUAUUUUUGGUCAACUCAACAGGUUUUGAGGCCCAUUCGUGAAAGCAAAAUAGAGCUGUUGACUGUAGCAAGCAGUCCUUUUUUUUUAAUUGGAAAUUUGGUUGCUGUGUAUAAUAGCACCUCUUUUGCCUCCAUUUUCAUAGAUAACAUUUUCGAAGUAGAUGUGGUCAUCAAUGGCCUUUUAAUGCCCCUCCUGGCAGGGACUCACAAUUGCUUUUAUGUAGGGAAGAGGUGGCUUCAGUCCUACCUACCACAACAGCAACCGUUCUUUAAAUCACAGGCUAGAUACUAGUUCAGGUGCCGUGAAGCUGAGUUUUUUCAAGUGUCACUGUCAUUGAUUUGUCUUCCCUUGAACUUGUAUCUGGCAGGAGUCAGAUGGGCUACUGCUGUGUUCACACCUCAGAGCAUGAAGACUCUAAUUUCAUUUAAUCUGCAUUUCCUGUGUUUGUUUUUUCUUUUUCUUUUCACACUACGCACAGUGUGUUUGUUCUCCAGCCAACCAGCGUCUGUCUUUUUUUUUUUUUUGGUGCAGGUUAGAUAAAACAAGUAAGCGUCUGGUUGGUUGUCACGAGAGCACACACUUGAAAUCAAGGCCUGUCGUGAGACUGCAGCACAAACGCUGAUCAAAGUCGUAUCUUGAACCUUCAUACCGUGUUUACAAGCAUUUGGGAGCCUUUACCAAUCGCUGCACUCUACCAUGUGCUUGGCGCUGCCAUGGAGAAACCAUAACUGAGGUCCCAUUUAUCAGUGUGCCUCAUUAGACUGUUGCCACCUAUAGCAAUGUUAUUCUUCCAUUUAUGCUUCAUAAUGGUUUUGGAAAAUCUGAUUGGUUCCUAGGGACAAGCAGACUGUCCGGGUGCAGCAUAGGAGCAUGAUGGGAAGAAUCUGAUUGCGGUGGGGCAUUUGAAACCAUUCUGACCCCACACACGCUGAUAAAUGAGGCUCUUUAUAGUUUGUUGGCAGUGAAGUAAAUUAGUAUAAUAAUAAAGCUUCACUUCCUUCAUGUCGGUGAUGUUACUGUUUAGUUUGAAAUAAUGUGUUUUGUUUUUCAAAUUUUAUGUCUACAGUCAGUAAUAGUUUGCACUUUCUAAUAAAAAGUCUCUAUAUUCCUAUUA